GUGACGAUCUAAGUUCGCUCUAACCUCACUUAAAAACAUUUCUCUCUCUGUUGUGUAAAUGAAAAGUUAUGAAAUAAAUAAAUUGUAAAAAGUAAAAAAAAAAGACAAAUAGUGAAAAAAAUAGAAUCAAUGUGAUAAAAAGUCUCGAUUGAGACUGAAAGCACGUUAAAUAGGUAUAAUAUAACACAAAGUUUUUUUUAUAAGAAAUAAUACAUAAGUAGGAAGAAGUUUUUGUGCGGAAAGUGGCACAUCAAAUCGAAGAUUGUUUAGCGGUUAAUCGAACAUCAUGCCUAUCAAAUAUAUUGGUCGCACAACAGAUUUUAAGGGAAAGACCUUAUGGGAGAUUCUAGGAAACCUGAAAAACUUUGGUGUCGGUAGAAUGAUAAUUCGAAAUCAAUUUCAAAGAUAUCCUGAAGCAUGUUACAUGAGAAUACUGAAAGUUGCUGCAAUGCCAACUCCCCAAGAAUUUGACCAAGCACGUAAGGUCGUAGUACUUGUUGAACGAGUGUUCCGAGGUUUAAAAUAUCCAACACCAUUACAGCUAUGUGGUUCAACUUAUAAACCAGAUUACCAGCUUGUACCUAAAGACAAAGAGUAUUUGUACUUGAAUAAUACAAAAGUGCCAGAAGAAAGAACUUUACCUGCAACAACAGAUCUUCCACCUUUGCUAGAACAAAUGAUAAUACGUCAAAUGAAAGCAAAAGAUAUCGAACUAUCAGAAAAGCUGCAAUUACCUCUUUGCUAUAACUUUAAUGGAGCAUAUGUUAAAAAGUACAGAUUAGCUAAAGAAGGUGAAGUGCCAACAGUAAAGUUGAAUUUUAGUGUUAGUGAAUCCAGUUCUCUUUAUCCAAAGCCAGAAGAAAUUACAUCUUCAUAAUAUUGUAUGUAUUUAAUGACCAUACAUAGUUAAGAAAUAAUAAAAUGUUUUAUAUAAGUUUCUGAGAAGUAAUGCAAUAAAUUACCUAAGGAAUUACAUAAAAAGA